GCCCCUGCUCGUAUUGCUGCUGCCCUCAGGUUACACCUCACCAUCUAAUGCAUUAUGAGAAAUAAAGGUGUUACAGCAGAGGUCAAGACCCCAGAGACCCCUCUCCGAUAUCUACUACUCUGGAGACACGACCUGUGAACAUUCUCUCUGAAAAGUCCGCUGCGGGGAAUGACCGACAUCCCUACAUCCCAACCAGCUGACAUACUUCAGACGUGCAGCCUAUCUUAUUUAUUAAGUCAGAGCUGCCGAGUGGGAGGGACCUUUCUGACUUGUUGAGAGGAGAGAGAGAGAGAAUGACUAAAACAGAGACGUGAAGAAGGAGGGACAAAAAGAUCCACAAACAUACUAGCGUAAGCUCAGCCAUCUACAGUUACAUAGCUUAUGUACCUCUGCGGUGGGAGUAGUGGAACUGUGUUUUGUCCUCCCUGCCACAGGCCCCGGUACGGCCCUGGGGGUACAGGGCAGGAAUAUGGGACAGGGAGCGAGCACUCAGACCUUAAACCCGAACCGUGCCUACAUAACAGAUGAUGAAGUCGACCAUAGUGUGCCAGUUGGUGAUGGGGCGAAUCCAGCAGGAGGAACCCCUUCGGGAAAGGGCAAGUUCCCCAACCUGGGCAAGAUUUUCAAACCCUGGAAGUGGAGGAAGAAAAGAAGCAGUGAUAAGUUCAAUGAAACAUCAGAAGUGCUGGAAAGGAAGAUAUCGAUGAGGAAGCCCAGAGAGGAGUUGAUAGAGCGAGGGUUGCUAAAGGACAUCCCGGAGAAUGAGAGCAAAGAUGUGAAUCACUCCAAAGCUCCUCCGGUUAAAAAUGGCCACUCUGCACCACUGCCAGGAGACCACAGGUCAGAUACAGCAUCAGAAGUCAAGGGAACAUCAUCGCAGCCACAGGGAGAUAAACAAAGGAAUAGCCUCGCACCAGAACCGGAGCGCCGCAACAGAGCGCCCUCGGAUGUUAGUCGGAACCGCCAGCCUCUAGACGUAGAUGCUCGAACUCGGUUUCCACCUGAAACGGACCACCGCAGCCGACUGGAAUCAGAUUCGGACAGACGAGUGGGAACGUUACCAAGAGAGAGUCACAGUCAGGAUGAGGGAAGAUAUCGGAGAGACGAGAGGGAAGAGAAAGGGAUCAGAGACAAAGACAGUGACAGACGGGACAGAAAAGAUGACCGGGACCGAGAUAGAAGAGACAAAGACAAGAGGGAUGCAAGACCAGAUAAAGAGGACUGGCACGCAAGAGAUGGAAGAUCCGAACGAGAUGAACGUGAGAGAGACAGACGUAGUGACAGGGAAAAGCAGGAAGACAAAGACUGGAGAGAUAACAGAGACAGGAAAGAGCUGAGAGACAGGAAGGAAGAUCAUGAAAAGAGGGACGAGCCUGAAAGGGGAGAUGAUCGUGAACAAAAGGAACCGAAUGAAAGGAGGGAAGACUGGGAAAGAAAAGAGGAACGGGAGCGACGUGAGGAGCGUGAGAGAAAAGAUGACAGAGACAGGAAGGAGGUCACAAAGAAACAGGUGUCUGAUGAAAAAUUAGUGCGGCCUCAGUCAGAGAUAGACAUGCGGCCCAGUAUUCAGAAGAGCUCGUCUGAAAUCGGCCUAAAGGUCCGGCCGGUUUCUGAGGCUGUCCAGAGCAGCUCACUGCCGCAAUACACACCCGCUGAGGACGAGUCAAGAUUGCGAACAGGAUCAGUGGGUGUACGGUUCACUCCUGAGCCCAACCCUGGAAUAACCUCCACUAAAGAGUCACAGCAGCCCACUAAACAUGCCAUCCUCCCUCCCAAAUGGCUGAUGGCUGCUUCCUCCUCCACCGAGCCUGCUCAAGCCCCAUCCUCAUCCUUCUCCUCUUUAUCAUCAUCUUCAUCAUCCUCAGCUCCCCCCAUUGUGAAGCCUCCUCCCCGGACUGUGUCUUUAAAUGUAGAUGACUCCUCAUGUAGUAAUCCUGUUCCCCCCGUAACAACAGGAGACCAGGAGACCCUGCCCACAGUUCCCACACACCUGGCACCUCCAGUCCCUCUUCCCCCUAAACAGCCCCCUGUGCCCCCUCCCAAACCCGCCCAUCACAACAGCAACACUGCAGUACAAGCUUCAACGUUACAGAGGUAUAGCAAAGCUCCACCACCUCAGUACUGGACAAGCUGCAGACAACAGCCAGAUUCCGGAGUCUAUCUCUCCUUGCCAACCUACCUCUGCCACAGGGGUUCUCAGCUCCGCCCAGUGGAUCUCUCUCAAACUGCAGUCCCAGUCAAGCCAUCUCCUCCCAUUCCUCCAAAGAGGACUACACCUGUGACCAAACGUCACUCAGAUGACUCCUCAACCAAUCAGCCUGAGCCUCCUUCCACAGGCCCCGCUCCCGUCCCUGUGCUGGCCCCUGCCCUGCCCCCUGUCCAAUCAGACGAUGGCAGUAAUGGAAGCUCUGAAGAGUUCUCUCCUCCACCAACCCACAUCCCCCCAUCCCCUCCUCGGGCCCAUAUGGCCCCUCAUAUGGACCCGCCCAGCCCAACCACAGAGCCGCCCUCUCAGCCACCCUUAUCUCUGCACAUUCGCAUUCAGAGGGCCUUGAACAAUCCUAGCCCAUCCCAGCCCAAACAGGACAGAUCCCAGCGGGCACACUCACUUCUGUUUGAGCUGCCAGAGGUCCUUGCUGAGGCCCCAGGAGGAGGGCGAUUCUCGCUUCCAGUCACUAUCGAACCUCUCCGACUGCCUGAGGAUGAUGAUUUUGACAUUGAAGAAGAGCUGCAGAAGCUGCGACCGACCCCUCAGCCCGCACGACAGCCAGAGCUGGAGCCACGGAGCCGCCGAGGUCUGGUGGGCGACCCUCGAGUCACGGUCAUACCUGAGGACGGUGGACCUGGAAACAGUGAGGAUGAGGAAGACAGCGACUCUGACGGGCCCAUUAAUUACAGAGAUGAGGAAGAUGAUGAUGAUGAGGAAGAUGUUCCCACAAGUGGUCUUGCGAGUCGUGUGAAGCGCAAGGAUACUCUGGCAAUGAAGUUGGAGCGUCAGCAGGAGAAGGAACAGUCUCAAGAGCAGGACAACAGCACCUGGAAGAACAAAGAGCAAUGGGAGGCACUUCGCAACCAGAUUGGCAGCACACUCACAAGGAGGUUGAGUCAGAGACCCACGGCACAAGAACUCGAGCAGAGAAAUAUUCUCCUAGCCAAGAAUGAAGCUGACAGACGGGCAGAGAGAAGUGAGAUCAAACGCAGGCUGACCAGAAAGUUAUCACAGAGGCCUACAAUAGCGGAGCUUCAGGCCAGAAAGAUCCUGCGUUUUCAUGAGUACGUGGAGUGCACUUCAGCUCAAGACUAUGACCGCCGCGCUGACAAACCCUGGACCAAACUCACGCCUGCUGACAAGGCGGCCAUAAGAAAAGAAUUGAAUGAGUUUAAGAGCUCAGAAAUGGAGGUACAUGAGGAGAGCAGGAUUUACACCAGGUUUCAUCGGCCAUAACCACCUUCUCUGCGGAGGAAGCCCCAGAGAGAUAAAAGCUGCCUCUAGAACUGCAGCUGAAAGCUGUCCAUCUCACUUGUGCAUCCUAUUACCCAUGACCCUCCUGUGUAAACUGAAGAGUGCCCAGGCCAGUCACUCAGUGCUAUCGAGUGAGGAAGAGGAAGUGACGCAGGUAAUUCAUUUCACACACACUGUUGAGGAGCGGGUUUGGAGUGCCAAUCCUCUGAAGAGUUCCCUUGAUUCCUCGUGACCAGAUCACUCCGUUUACUGGGAAUUUCAGAGAAAAGGUGACACGGAACUGUGUGGCUUGGGCUGUUUUAAUAGUCUUUUUGGUGCACAAGAAUAGACUUAAAUGUCCACAACAAUAAUUAUUUUAUGGAAAUUUCAACACUGGUGAUAAACGAACUGUUUUAGUGGUGAGUGAAUGGGAUUGUGUAUGUGAGAGUGUGAUUAACGGAAUAUGCUUUAACACUGGUACAACAUGUGGACUUGUUUACCCUGACCCUAAAGUAAUAAAGAAAGUCUGUUUAUACAGAUGUUUGUAACACUGAACACACACUGGUGUGUCUUUCUGAAAGCACAUCUUUGACAUUCUCAGGACAGCAAUACACGGUAACCAGAUAAUGUGCAUUUGACUGUAAAUUACUAUUUCUAACAUAGAUGGGUCUUUAAUAUUUUUAGAUAUAUUUAUAAAAAUAUCCUUUUUUUAGCAACACAGCACUUCACUUUAAAUGCUUGAGGGUGAAUCUCACAAAAACAUGUCAAUGUCAUAUAAUAACCCGAAAUGAUGCAUCUAAAAAAAAAAUAUUAUUUUUUGUAUUUUUUAUUUUAUUUUAUUUUUUGCACAAAGAAAAAAUUUAUGAUCAUUAUGAUUUUUUGUUGUGAUGCAAUUCUUAUUACCAUGAUGUGUUCAGGCAUUUUUUUUUUUUCCAGUUUGUUAAAUAUCUAUAAUGCAUUAACAUUUGUUUUAUUAAUAUCAGCAUAACUUGAAUGCAGUACUACAAAAACUGUGUAAAUACUUGUGAAAUGUGAUUCAUAUAAUAUAUAUUAUCAUAAUAACAUGGUCGUAUUACAACAAAUCUGUUCAAAUCAUGGUCCUAAAGUACACUUCUGUAUUUCUAUUUGCAAAAUCUUAAUUUUAUUUGUAAUUUUGUCAGGUGAAAUUUGACCUAGACUUGUUCUUGGUUUCGUCAGAUUCAACCUUCUUCUGUAGAUUACAUUUUAACACUGUAUAUUGAACAAUUUAUACCAAAUGGUUGUUACGUUGUGGAGUCACUGUAAAUGUAAAAAUGUUUUGAACUCAUUUUCACUGCUGGUUUAUGGGGCACUUUGUUUUGUAGGCCUUGUGCACUGUAUAGAUAAUUUCUGUUGAUUGAUUGUAUUGUAUAUCUCGUCUGCCUGAUGUCUGAAAUUUGGUUUAAUUGUGAUAAUUGUAUUACACUAUCCUGUUUUUAUAAAGCACAAACAGUAUGACUACAGUGAUAAAAGGAUCCGGUACAGAUCUGUUUUAUUCCACUGCUGUAUAGUUCUUUUUUUUAUGUAAAGAUGUAUACAAAAAGGUCUUUCAAGAAUCAAAUGUACAUUCACUUCUCUAUUAAUUAAAAAUAGAAACUGUGAGCAUAUUUUGGAUUAUUUGUUAG